UAAAUAUCUAAGGAUGAACAAAGCUUCAAACUACUCAAACUACUCUAGUCUUAUUCAAUCAUGAGUAAUGUUACGAAAGGAUACUGGAUAAAUUAUUAUAACGGAAAAAAAAUAAAAUUCCUUAUUCCUGUAAUGUGAGGUGCAUCCGCGCAUGCAUUCAUUGCAAUGGAUGACAGUCAAAUUACUGAAAAUAGCAAUGUUCCGAAUCUCUUUGAAGAAUCCUCUGUUGACGAGCACCAAAGAAAUGUUUCAGUGAAUUUUCUUAAGGAUCUGAUAAACAAAGUUGUCCGUGGCUUUGUUUCAAGUCUACACAAUGAUGUACCAGAUAUUUGGCAAUCUUUCAAUGAGGUUUUGCACAUAAUUCAGCCGUAUUCAACGCUAAUUGCCGAUGACAAUCAAUUGAUGCACUAUGUAGAACGAGCUUAUCAUCAUGUUUGUCAGAGACCAAACUGUGGCUUGGAUAUAUCUGCGCUUGCUUUAGCAUUUCCUCAAUCUGUUUCAAAGCUUCAAGAGAAUUCUACUACAAAAAAGAGACCUAAAUUUCCUUCCACAAGCAAAGGUUUUAACUUGAGUAACUUUUCUUCAAGACAAAUGGGUAAAAAAAAAAAAGGUAUUAUUGUACCUAAAGAUGUGAUGAUUUCAUCCGGAAAAAUAUUUGAAGAUAUAAAUGCAGUUGAUUCUAAAUAUCUUUUUGAAGAAGACAAUCUAUGUUUAAAUGACUUGCAUAAAUCCCUUCCAUUUGUUGUGUAUGAGAUUAGUUUACGUGAAGCAUCAUGGGGUAAACCGCUAGGAAUUGCCGCAACAGCUGUAAACACAGAUCUGGCUGAAACUCUCCAAAACUUAUCAAGUUCUUGUAAAUCACCAGCACUUCAGAUAAACAGAAAUCUAUCAACAGUAGAUAAACUUGAACAAAGUAAAAAUGAUUCUGAAGAAAGACAUGCGAAACUUCCAUGGACUGGCAGGGAAAUUGUUGAGAAAUUGGUAAAAGGCAACUUCCUUGGUUUGACAAAGUUUGCCUACCUUAUUCGAGCAGAAAGCAAGCGUUAUGAUCCAUACAAUUUGAUUGUUGUUCCACGAAAUAAGAUAAAGUCAGAGCACUUUGUUGUUUCAUCACAUGCCAUUCUUCAUGUUUUACCAAAUCGUCCAUCUGAACUGGUACCAUUAAGUGAAUGGUACAAUGAAGCAAUUUUGUUCAGUGCUGUUGUCAAGUAUGGGUUUUUUAAGAACUUCUUGUUGGCAAAGAUGUUUUUACGUUGGAAACAUAUGAAAAAACUUAUUCAGUUCAAGGUGUUACGUGAGCAUGUAUCCAAAUCCAUUUUGUCAUGCACAGGCAGGUUUAGUUCAGCCCUACUUCGCAUAUAUUCGCAAGUGAUAGACAUGGAUCAAGUUAUCUUGCUUCCACUCAAUGAUCAUGCAUGCAAGCCAUUGAAAGAGUUUAACAACAUUACAAUGAACAUCCUUAAAGAUGGCCAUGAAUGUAUUAAAAUGUUUUACACUUACUGUUUGUCAGUUGUCAAUAAAACAAUAGAAAAGUGCUUCAAGCACAUGGAAUCCUGCAAAGACCAAUUGAAACAGUUGCCGAAAGGUCAGCAUUCCUUGUCUGUUGUCAAGGAAAUAAAAGCAGCAAAGUCUCAGAAUUUGCUUGAUGCCAAACAUGAAAUAGUGCAGCUUGAGAAAUUUGUUCAACUUGUGGAAUAUAUUCUGAUAGAAAUACUGCUUAAACUUGCCAAAAAAAACAUUUGUUUAUUCGUUAGUGAUGUUUUGGAAUGUGAGGCAAUUAAAGACAAUGGCCUAUUUGUGGUUGAUGUGAAAUUUGACAAACAUGAUCAUCUUGUAAUGAAUCCUAAUGUUAAAGUCCUUCAAGGAUCUUUGCAUUCUGCUUUGGAGUGUGUUCUAAACAUCCUUUGUCAAUCGUCAAAUUCUUUACAUGUGCAGGCUAAUAUAGAUGCCGAGGAGCAUGUGACAAGAGUAGGUGAUUCCUCUUCAUCCUCAGACAGGUCCAGUUCAGGAGGAACAGACUCAAAGUCUCCAAACCCAUUUGAGAGUUUCUGCUUAGGUCAGUCACCUGUGAGUACUGUUAAGAGUGCAAGCUUGCCAAAACUGAUUGAUCAAGUUGAAUCUUUUGUUGAAAACGAAACAGAGCAUAUGAAAAUAUUUGGACUAAAAUCAGUAUUUAAUGAAUCACCCGCGCAGGAAGACACUUCCCAGCUUCUUGAAAACUCUGAACAAAGCCAAGAGGAAGUGGAGUCAAUAAUUCAAACAAGACCUGGUAUGAUUGUGCAAGGACAAACAAUGCAAUUGCAAGUGAAGGCAUCCACCAGCCCUGUUGCAUAUGAGAAACUUAAGAAUAUUCUUCUCAAAGAUGAAGAUAUCGUUCAUGCCUUUCGGAAACAGGAGGAAAUUGUCAAUGCUGCAUCUGCAGAAGUGAUCGAGUUCUGCAGGAGCAACGAAAGACUCUUUGAGGUUCAUAAAUUUGUUCGGACUUGGAAUAAUACUGUGUUAAAUUCAUGGCGUGGAAGGCCGACGGAAGUUAUUGAGAAACAACUUAGACAGAUUAAUACCUGGAUGGUAGAAUUAGAACAGUUCACGAAGUCAUUCUGCACAACUAAUGGUUUAUUAAUGGUUGAUUGCCGAAAUAUCAGAGAUAGCAUCGUCCCGAAACUUGGUUCCAUUUAUCGACAACUAUCCAAGAUGGUUGCAAAGGAUCUUAUGAGGAUGUCGAAGAAGUUCAUUGACGAGGCUCAACAGCUUGUUAAGCAACUGUCCGAUAGGCGUACCGAUUUAGAGAAUUUUGCCAAUUUCAUCAAAGUACAUGGUAAAAUAAAAAAGAAAGUGUCAUUUCUACAAGUUGAGGUCGAAUAUAUGAAAAGCAUUUUUGAGAUGAUUCGUGCUAGCCAGCGACCUUUGUCUGAAAAAGAGAAAGAAAUUGAAGAUGCUACUUGCUCAUCUUGGGAACAAUUACUUUUUUGUCUUGAAGAGGCUUCCAACUUCUUGGUCUAUAAAACUCCCGAAAUAAUGCGUAACCUUGAUGAUAAGAUUAUGUCUGUUGAGCAUCAAGCUCGUGUUGUUGGUAAAAGGGCAACAGGCGGAGAGUUCCUGAUUUCUGAGAACAAUUCCUCGUUGAUGAUAUCAGGUUUAAUGAAGCUUCGGAGAACAUUUAGAGGUUAUAUGAAUGAUUUGGACGAGCUCGUGGAAUACAGAGAAGUGAUUUCAGGCAAUAAGUUUUGUAAAGAUGAACUUCUACAAAUAUUGAAGAACGCAGACAUACGUUAUGAGUUGUGGAAGUAUUAUCAAGUGUGCGGCGAGAAAAUCGAACAUUGGCUUCAAACACCAUUUUUUAAGACAAACAUUAAGAAAGUACUUGAAAAGAUGAGCGAAUGGCAGUUGGCUGCUGAAAAUCUAAAAUCUCUCUUGCCUGACCAUGAUGAAGUGUAUGAAGCAUGGAUAAAAAAAAUGGAAGCAUUCACAAAAGAUUUUCCUCUCUUGCAAUUACUUUCCAGUGAUGCGUUGAAGCCACGACAUUGGAAAGCUUUGUUUGUUGGUAUGGGGCAACAAUAUGAUCCAAAUUGGAGUUUUACUGUCGCAGAUCUUUUCGCUCUAAAACUUGGUUUGCACAAAGAGCUCAUAAAUUCAGUUUGCAGUGGUGCUUUGAAAGAGUACUCGCUUGAAACACAGUUACGAUCUUUGGCAAAAAGGUGGACGGAAAAGGAUUUCAAGUUGGCGAAACAUUUUACUGAAUCUCGAGCACCAAGUAGUACUGACAAUGGUACAAUUACGCCCGGAAAGGGAGUGAAAAUCAUGCAAAAAGAUUCGAAACUAAUGGAAAUGUUUAUCUUGACGGGUGAAGAAGAACUGAAAUGCCUUAUUGAGGAUAAUCGCGUAACGCUACAGCUUAUGUUAUUCUCUCCGUACGUCGCUAAUCUUACACAAACAGUUGAGCAAUGGAUGAAAAAUUUAGAUCAACUUGAAGAAAUCCUUGAUAUAUGGGUUGCUUGUCAGAGAAAGUGGUUGUACCUUUCCAUGGUAUUUGAUGAUGAUACAAGUAUAGACGAUGAUGCAAAGAUGCACAGUUUUCAAGAAGUAGAUAAGAAAUUCAAGGAUUUUAUGGCCAGUGUUAGCCGUGACCCUAAAGUACUUUCUGUGUUGUCAAAAAAGCGAGGUGAAAAGGGAUAUCGUGAGCUUCAAGGGGAAAAUUUACGUUCAAUGCUUUUUUCACUACUGAAGGAAGAGGAAAACUUGCUGAAGUCUGUUUCCCAUAAAAUGGCAAAAAUUCGCGAAGCGUUUCCUCGUUUGUUUUUCCUCAGUGAUGACGAAGUUCUCGAAUUGCUCCUUCCAGCAAGCGAUCCCCGUAAACUAAUGCCUAUCGUGAGAAAAUGUUUUCCAGGAAUCAAGUCCUUGCAGUUUAGUUUUCCAGAAAAAGAAGAGAUACUUUGCCAUGGACUUGAUGCCACGUUAAAAGCACAUCUUCUUCAAGUCACUUCCAUUAAAGGCGAAUUUGGCGAGUUGAUGAAAUUGAAUGAAGCUAUUGCAACCGGAAGGAAUUCGCAAACUUGGCUUAAAACACUGGAAGUAUCGACAAAGACGGCUCUUUCAUUGAAAUUUACUCAGUACCUCCUUAAGUCGUUGUCAAGAAAUGGAGAGAAGACAAUAGUUGCUGAUUUUUUAUAUGAAAGUACAGCUGCCAAUGAAGAUGCUAAUGAAAAAUCCUUUCUUAUCCUUCGAUAUCCUUCUCAGUGUAUUCGUUGCGUUGAAGAUGUUCUUUGGACAAGGAAGAUGCAUGCUGCCCUUGUAUCUGGUAGCAAGAACACUUUGAAAUCAUUAUGUCCGAAUAUACUUCGUGAGAUCGACGAUUAUGGUAAGGUGUUAAGCGCCAAAGUGUCGAGAAAACUUAAAGACAUUCCACACGUUCGUCCACUUUUGCGGUCUUUGUUGCUUGCAGCAAUGUACAAGAGAGAUGUUGUUGACAGACUUGUGAAAUGUGAAGCUAUCUGUCCACAUUGUUUUCAAUGGCAAAGCUGUGUUCAGCACGAAGCUUCGUUGAAACAAAUUUUUUAUACAACAUAUUUCACUGGCGUGUCUCAUGCGCAUGAGGAUGAUUCUAUGGCAGAUAAAAUUCCACUGAACAUGAAAUAUGAGGGUAAUCAUUAUAAUAUCGCCAUACUUGGAUCAGUAUUUCCUUAUGGUUUUGAGUUUCAAAGUGAGCGAGGUUCGUUAUUCAUGUCUCCGCUGACCGAACGAUGUUUUCUUACUUUGUCUUUGGCUUUGGCUCAAUACACGUGUGGUGCAGUUGUUGGUCUGCAUGGAUCAGGAAAAACUGAAACUAUUAAAGAAAUGGCACGAGUGAUGGGUCGGCACCUAGUGUUUUUUAACUUUAGUGUGUCAAUGGUCAAUUCAGUGGUGACGAGAAUGUUGACUGGCAUGAUUCUUAGUGGAAGCUGGUUGUGUUUUGAGGACACGCAGAAAUUAUCACAGCUAAAUUUAUCCAUUUUGGGAGACCAUCUUUCUUCUAUCAGUCAAGCAUAUCAAUGUUUGAUUAUAGAUAAGAAUAACCAGUAUCUUGUUAGAGGUAGAACGCAAUGUUCCGUGAACAAUGCUUUCAAAGAGAGUGCAAAAAACAGGACACGUCGAAGCACCGUAACUUCUUUAAAUUCAUUGCCAUCAACGGUAGCGAAUUCCAACACAAAAAAAAGUCAAACCAGUAGCAUCUUUGUAGAAAGACGUACAUAUAUUCCCAGACGGUUUUCAAUAGGCAAAGAACGAAAUGUAGACAGUAGACAGUUCUAUGAUGACGAAUUACCGUUGCCUGUGUCUAAUCCAAUCAAAGAUAUUCAUUCAAAACCUGAAUGUGAACUCGAAGCAGAUGAUGAUGUUGACGUUAUCAUAAAUCAUCUAGAAGGCACAUCCUUAGGCAGUAUAGUAUUCAAUGGUUGCUUGUUAAAGACACAUUCUAUGGCUGGUUGUUUUAUGACAAUAACACCGACUGAUGAUGGCUUCAUCGAUGUUCCAGAAAAUGUCAAGGCUUCAUUGCGUACAGUUUCAAUGACGAAGCCUGAUGCAAAGAAACUUGUCGAGGUUUGGCUUCUUUGUAAUGGCUUCUCUGAAGUGAAAGUUUUGACAGAGAAGAUUAUCUUGUUUAUUCAAGUUGCUAUGUUUGAGCUACCGACACAACUAUUUAUUGGAGCAAACGUCUUAAAAUCAGCAAUAGUUCACGCUGGAAAUAAGUUACGAAUGGAGUGGGCUGACUGUGGAACAACAAAUGAUGAAAUUUUGAAUGAAACUGACAAUAUUUCCAACGUUACAACUGAGGACGAAACAAAACGUAUCUCAUCUUCAGUCUCUCUGCUCGAGACAUUUGAAAAUAGGACAAAGGAAGAAAGUGCGCUAGUGUACGGACUAUUCAGUGUUCUAUGUUCCAAACUGGAUGAAGAAUCUAAGAAACUGGUCUGCUCAAAGAUUGACAUAAUAUUUACUCAUACUGUAUUGACGUCUGCUACACAGUCAAAUACGACUUGGAUAGCUGAAGCAGUUAGAGAACAGUUGAUGGCAGAAAUAAUGCAACCAAAUAUGAAUCUUGUUACCAAGGCAAUUCAACUUCACCAGGCAUUGCAAAUGAACCAUGCAGUUAUUUUACUGGGUUUGUCUGGAUCUGGAAAAACGACGAUUUACAAGACUUUGUGUAAAGCAUUGAACAGUCUUAACAACAAGUUUGGCUUUAAUGUCACCACAAACACAUCCUCAGAUUUUAUGAACUGCUCAAAAAUCAAUCUUACUGUUUUAUUUCCUCGAUCACUAACUGAAAGUCAGUUGAUUGGUUGCAUUGAUCCAUCGACGAAAUCAUGGUCAGAUGGGGCUCUCGUUAAGUGCAUUCGCAACGCCCAGACUAUACAAAAUGCUUCAGAAGUGUUGGAAACUACAGGAAAAUCGCAGGCUCAGAAUAAUCAUUCUGGAAAAUAUCACCAAUGGAUUGUUCUUGACGGAGCAUUGGACCAUGGUUGUGCAGAUCAAAUCAAUUGUCUUCUUGACGAUGGAAGAACACUGUGUCUGGCCAGUGGGGAAAUUCUUUCUUUCGCAGAUGCAGUUAGUUUCCUUCUCGAGGUUGAUGAUCUUCAAAACGCUGCGCCAACAACCGUCGCAAGAUGCGGUAUUGUAUAUUGCCCGGAUGAUACUGUUGGAUGGUGGAAUAUCUUCAAGUCAUGGUUGAAGCAUGCGCAUGCAAAAUGGAACAUAUCAAUUCGUGGACUUGAUAUCAUCUCUUCCCUUAUGGAACAUUCUGUGGUCAAGACGCUUGAUUUUCUAGAGAAAAACUGCACUCAGAUCUUAUAUAAAAACUACAACAAUGAUGAGAUGUGUCUACGUAGCGUACGGGGAGUCUUGGAGAUUCAACGAAUGUUGACCAUUUUAUCGGCACUUUUUGAUAAAUAUAUAUUGAGAGACAGUAUUGAGACAUGUGAUGUUGGAAAUUUUACUCAUCGAAAUUCAUCUGGUUCAUGUGCCGCAAGUGAGACUGGAAGUGAAAAAAGUAGUGGCACAAUUACACAUGAUACUGUAAUCAGUAGCUUUGUAUAUGCUUAUAUAUGGGCAUUUGGAGGAAAUUUACAUGAAAGCUGUGUAGAAGAGUUUGAUGAAUUCACAAAAUCAUUGUUUUCAAAUGGACCUUAUCCUCAUGCGAGUUUACCUCAAGUGAAUGUGUUUGACUACAACUUGGACUUUUUUGCUGGUGCAUUAUUUUCUUCAACUCAAAAACUCGAUGGCAAACAACGUGUAAUUGCAUCGUCAUACGUCGUUGUCCCGAGGGAUGAAGUGUAUUUCUCUCUUGUUGAUAUUUUGCUGUCAGCGAAUAAAUCAGUUCUUUUAGUUGCACCCCCUGGCUCUGGAAAGUCGUCAUUUAUGCAGAACCUUGUUAAUUCACGCUUUAAUUAUGUACGACUUUCGUUAAAACAUGGCGUUACAACUCAAAUGUUGCAAGAAACCAUCGAAGCGAAAUUAUUCUGUAGAAAACAUCGUGAUCAAUCAAUUGGAAACCAGUUUACAAAAAAGGCGCACGAAAGACAAAGUGUUUUCUUUUUCGAUGACAUGAACAUGGCUGCAACUGAUGGCACAAGUAACCAACCCUCAUCUGAACUUAUCCGCAGUCUUCUUUCCUUAGGUGGUCUGUAUGAUAGACAGAGACUUAAUCUAAAACCAAUGUCUAAUACAUGUGUUGUCGGUGCAGCAGUUCCUCCUGGAAGUCCUGGUAUUGGUGGAGGUUUAAACUGUUUUCCUACUUCACCUCGUCUUACAAGACUCAUGGUUGUCAUAGCCUUUCAUGCGAUGUCCACUUCAACACUUCAAUCUGUUUAUUGUAACUUAUUUCAAAUGUGGCUUGAAGAUUUUCCCGCAUACUCUCUUUCCCAUCAUCAUCAAAUAGCCAAGGUCGUAUCCACUUCUACUAUUUCUCUUUUUGAGAAAAUACGCAAGAAUAUCCGACCAACUCCGAGUCAUCCUCACUACCUUUUCACGCAACACGAUUUGUCAAGAGUUUUUCAAGGAAUGAAGCUUUUCUCUUCAAAGACCAAACGACAGGGCAAAGUACAAAAGCAAUCUGCUUUUGCUGACAAAGGCAUCACUCCAAAACUUUGUGUGGAGAAUUCUAAUGUUUUGGAAAAAAGUUUAAGCUGUAGGGAUGUUGAGAGAAAAUUCCAAGACGAUGAAAAUUAUCUGAAGAAUGAAAAAAGUUGGCCGUUUGUUUUAAAAAAGGAAUCUUUAGUAUCAAUGACUUCAAAUACCCCCGCUUUUACUACACCUUUAAUUCGCACGAUAAUACGACUUUGGUGCCACGAAUGUUCCCGAGUGUUUGCCGACAGAAUGAUUGGCGAACACGAACUUUGGUUUUCGACAACGUUACGUGGGGUUGCUUUGGAGAAUUUCUGUGAAAGAUUGCAGCAUUCGCCCGAUGAAGAACCUGAAAAGAUACCAUUUCAAAAACCAAUGACACCUCAGGCUUUUAGCAGUAACCCUGAUGCUGUUGGCAACAACAAACCAGUCGACACCGUAGUUCCGAAGAAAGAACGAGCAGAAAAUUCUGUGAGCUUUGCUGGCGACUUGAUGUUGAAUGUUCAUGAAGAGAAGGAAACCGCAACAAGUGUUGACGUUGAGAAGGGAAUUGAAUCUCCUGGGAGGAAAAAAGAAUCAAUUGUAGGUGAAAAAGGAGUCAAUUAUGAAAUGAAAACGACGAAGAAAAAAGGAAUGAUAAAAACAGUGAUGAGGUUACAACUGAUAAAAACACACAAACAGCGUGUUGUAACUUUUGAAGAUAUGAACAAACAUCGUUCGUAUAGUGGCCCACUGAUUACGCCAGAGCAGUUGAUCGACGAAAAUGAAGAUCAACAUGGACAACAUAAAGAACAAGCUUAUAGAGAGACGACCGUCGACGAACUUACAACAAUAUUCAAAGAUGCUCAAGAGUUAUACAACCAACAAGAUGUUCAACCAUUAGAUAUUGUCUUCUUUGAAAAGGUUGUUCGUCAUGCUGCUAGACUAAGUCGGUCGCUGUGUUUAUUGAAUGGCAACGCGCUCUUGCUCAACAAACAUGGGUUUGGACGAAAAGCACUUGUCCUACUGACGUCAUUUAUUGCUGGUUACAAGUUGAUAGAGGUACGACCUGACAAACGUGAAGAUUCGUUGCAGCGAUUGAAAAGAGCUGCGUAUCUAGCUGGUCUGCAAGGAAAACAAGUUGUUCUUUAUGUACCACAGAGUGUGGAAUAUAACACAUUACAGGAUGUCUGCUCUCUCAUCUGCGAAGGAUAUUCUCCUGGACUUUAUUCAUCCAAUGAGCUUGAGCUGAUUUGUAAUGAACUCAUACCGGGCAGUCUGCGAAGACAUCAAAGUGAGAAUGUCUAUGUGGCCAAGGAACGAUUUUAUCGUCGUGUACGAGCAAACUUGCAUAUAGUUAUCUGUAUGGAGAAUCAUUGUGUCAAUGACGGAACUACUGGAGUUUUUUCAAGAUUUUCUUUUUUACCGACAUUGGUUACGCGUUCUUCUUCAAUUGACAUCUUUCAAGCUUGGAUUGCGAGCUCGUUCUCAAAAGUUGCUCUACAGAGAUUCAGUGAAUACAAAUUUCCUGAUGCUACUAUUCAAAAAAUGAUGGAACCUCGUCUGCAUUCUAUAGCAUCAUUUACAGCACAUGUUCACACAUCGUCGUCAAAAAUGCUUGAACAGCAGUUUGGAUGUAGUCAAAUGGAGUUAUUCACUCCAAAGACAUUCCUUGGCUUUCUUGACAUGUUCACGAAAUGCUUACAUGACGUUUGGAAAAAAGAAAAGGAAAAAAUAAGUCGAUACAAACAAGGUUUGGCUAAAAUUAACGAAGCGAAUGAGCAGAUACGCGAAUUGCAGAAGGAUAUAGAUAGUUUAAUUCCAGUUCUCCGUACUGCGGAGCAAGACGUCAAAGAUUGCUUGAAAAUUGUCGAAGGCUUGCAAGCCAGUUACUCUGAAGGAAGGCAGAAAUGUAAGCAGCAAGAGUUGGAAGUUGAAAAAAUGUCUGAUCCAAUUAUCGAGUUGGAAAGAUUAGCCAAAAUAGAAUUGGACAAGGUGAGCCCGGUGUUUAAAUCCGCUUAUGAAGCACUUAAAGCAUUAAAUGUUUACGAUGUUGAAGAAAUUCGCAGUUACAGAUAUCCACCUGAGCAAGUCGUUUUAGUAGUAAAUGCCGUAUGUUUGCUGUUUGAAAAGAAGGAGACUUGGGAAGAAGGCAAAGUAUUGUUUACACGUGAAGAUUUCAUCAAAGAUUUAGAGUUUUUCGACAUGAAAUCAAUAACGGACAAGACGUUUCAUAAGCUGAAAGAGUACAUUGAAAAUCCGAAAUUUGUUCCCGCAGCUGUUAAAGAGGGCAGUCUCGCUGCAAUGUCUAUUUGCGUUUGGAUUCGAGCUGUGUACAAGUUUUGCGUCGUGUAUCGUGAAUAUUGUCCAAAGCAACAGCGCGUCAUCGAAGCAAGAAAACUAAUGGACGAGGCUGUGGCAUAUUUAGGAGAUCUACGCAUGCGCUGUAAUGAGGCGAAAGCAGAAGUUGAAGCUGGAAUCGAAGAUUAUAAAGAAAAAGUUCACCAUGCUAGAUCUAUCGAGAAACAAUUACAGAAGACAGAGCAGAAAAAAGCUCGCUCGGAAGGACUAAUGCGAAGUAUAGCGGGUCAUGUUCAGGCUUGGCAGGAACAAUUGCAAAUUUGUGAACGUCAUAUGGAAACAUUGAUUGGUGACGCGUUAUUGUCUGCCGGCUGCCUUUGCUAUCUUGGACUUUUGAAGCAAGAAAAACGCGAUCAACUGCUUCAACAAUGGAUUGUCACUUGUAUUGGUGAUGAAAAUGAUGGCGAAAAUGAUGAAAAUGAUAUCGUGAAUGAUUGUCGGGACUUGAAACCGAAAGUAACCACGUGUCCUAUGGUAAUUAAUGAUCUUCCCUGUCGGCGCAACUUUGUUUUGAAAGAUUUUCUCACAAGUCAAGAAGAAUUAUAUAAGUGGCGAUGUUCUGGUCUCUCUGUAAGCAGUCGUGCUGUGCAAAAUGCUCUUAUCAUGCGCAUGACAUGUGAAAAUUCGAAGAGACAUUGGCCUCUACUGAUUGACACUGAUUUGCAGAGUUACGCGUGGCUUAAAAUGUUUCACGAUGAUAAAGUAAAAAAUGAAGCUGCAGUUUUGACAAGCUCAGAUGUAAAUGAAGAUGUUCAAAUUGAUGUUGUCGAGAACUAUUUUCAUCAAAUAUCCGAUUCUUCUUCGAUAACACCUGUUUAUUCAACUCAUGAUAGUGAUGACGACCACUUACCCAACUAUGAAGAAAGUGAUUCUUCGACGUGGUUGUCAUAUGCAAGUAGUCGAAGAACUUCGACAGGAGCGUGUUCUGGCUUCAUGUUGAGAGAGGAUUUGGCUAAAGACCUAAACAUUGAGACGACACCCUUAGAUCUGUCAUCCGUUGGAAGUUCGUCCAUUGAUUUAGACGUUGACAGCAAUGAGAUUAUGAUACUAUCCGUUAGCGACAAACAUAGAGAUAUAAAGAUUUGCCGAGCAAUUUCAACAGGAUGUACUUUAUUACUUGUUGAUGUUGAGCGUGAGAAACUUGGAACAAAGUUCGACAAUUUACUAAAGAGAAAUAUAAAGAAGGAUAAAGAUGGCAAACAAAUGCUACGAAUCGGCGACCGUUUCAUCAACUAUCAUCCUGGUUUUAGAUUAUAUCUUUACACUAAUAUUCCACUGGAGUUAAGUGGGAAAAACUGGAUGAAUUCCUUAUUGAGGAAUCAUGUUGUGAUUAACAUGAGCUUGAACAGUGAAGAACUUCAGGAACAUUUACUUCAUGAAGUUUUGUUAUUAGAGUGUCCUGAUUAUGAGAAUGAACGUCGAUGUUUAGAAGCGGAUGUUCGGCAACAUGAACAAAAAAUUGAAGUUGCUAAGAAAAACAUACUUGAAAUGGUGAUCAACAUGAAUGAACAUCUUCUGGAGAACGACAAAAUAUCUGAGAAUCUUAAACAUUGUGAAGAAACGUGUCGUUUGAGCAUACAUCAUUUAGAAGAAUCGAAGGCACUACAGGCAAUAUCAAAAGACAAGGCCGAAGACUACACACAUGUUUCAGAACACGCUGCCGCAAUAUCCCUUAUUAUAUCUGGUCUACCCCAAUUGAAUGUCUAUUACCAGACACCGUUUCAUACGCUCAUUGACCUUGUAAAGGACGUUAUUAAACAACGAAGACGAGGAAAGCAAUCAUCUGGCUCGUCAUUGGCACGAUCUGCCGAACUAAUUACCUAUAUCACUAGAGCUAUAUGCAAAAAAAUGGCUAAAUCUCUCUAUUUAGAUCAUUACAACGUGUUUACGAUUUUGGUUGCUGUUAAAAAGCUCCAGCUUGCUGGACUGUUAAGUACAGAAGAAUGGAAAAUAUUUUACGAAACGCAUCCGAACCCAGAUGCGUCUACUGACGUUGAGGAUUCUGAUAUCCCCGAUUGGAUUGAACCUUCAGUUUGGAAUCAAGUCUGCAGUCUUGAUAGGUUGCAAGGAUUUCAAGGAUUAAAAAAGGCGAUUAAAAGGAACGAUGCAUUGUGGAAAGAAUAUUUUGAUCUACCGCCGACGUUAAUGGCCCCUGUGCCAAGCAACAUGCGUCAAUUGUCUUUAUUUCAACGAGCCCUUCUUUGGAAAGUGUUUAAAAUGAAAAAUCUACGCGAAAUCUGUAAAGAACUUGUUCUCUCACAACUUGGUACAAGUGCGACAACUGUACCAAAUCUAUCCAUGGAUAUUGUGUACCAAGAAUCGUCUUGUAUUACUCCAGUUUUGUUCUUUUUACCAAAUUCGUUAUUCUCAGAAGACUGGAGAAAACAGAAUAUAAAAGAUCCAGUUGAUGAAAUUUUAGCUCUUGCCAGACGACUAAAGCAUGAUGCUAACUUACGCAUUGUCGAUGUUUGUCAUGAGAAUCAGUUGUCUGAAGCGCACAAAAUUUUACGAAAUGCAUGUCAACGAGGCACUUGGGUGAUCAUAAAAAAUUGCCAUUUUGCGUCUCACUGGUCCCCGGAAAUUAUGGAUAUUUUUUAUCAAGUUACCUUGAGCAGUAGCAAAGAACAUAUCACUGGCAAGCAUGGCUUAUUUGAAAGAGAAACUGCUCUGUACACUGUGACGUCAUACGCCUUUGACCAAUCAUUGAUUAUGCAUCCUCAUUUCCGUCUUUGGUUGAUCACGACGCCUACAUCUGGAACCCCAUUACCGGCGGUUAUUAUACGUUACAGUAUGAAAAUAGCUUGGGACGACAAACUGUCCCAUGAUGCCACAUGUCGACAGUCUUUUCUCACACUAUGGAAUAAACAUAAGCAUUCUAAUAUCAAUUUGAAGGAGCUUGAAUCCUUAGAUGUGAAGGCUGACCCUUUAUCUUACUAUUUUGCACCGUUGGCAAUACUUCAUUCAGUUCUCCAUCAGCGCUGUAAAUAUGGUUCUCGUGGAUUUAAUAUUCCCUAUCAUUGGAGCGACCAGGAUCUCGUUUGGGGCUAUCAAUCUACGCUUCUGUUAAAGUCAUUUGUUAAAGCUGCUAGCAGAAAAAUGGCUAUGAUGCAAGAUAUGGGUAUUUUGUAUUGCGGUCAAGUUCUUAAUAUGUUCGACUGCUCCACGAUCACUGCUUUGGCUGAGAAAGAUUUUGUAUCUUCAAAUGAUCCUGAAAAAGAGCAACAAUCUGAUCAGCUUGAUAUUCUCCUUAAUUCCACUCCUAUUGAGAUCUCUUUGGAUGACAUUGGGAUAAAUAGUUGUGUGGAUGAAAGUGAAAAUCUGCAUUGUGGCAGAAAAAUGGUUUCAGACAUCGCUUCAGCGAUGAAAAGUACACAAAUAACUCGUGUUUGGUUCAAGCCGGUGCAAGAUUUCAAAGACCUGUUGGUUUCCUUUCGAGAUAUCAAAUCGAACUUAAACAGUGGUAAUGAAGAAUCUACUUUUGAUGAAACGUAUUUCAUGUCUUUUUUGAAGAAGGAAUUAAGAACAUUUGUAAUUUCUCUUGAAAAAAUGGCGUCUCAGCUGGAAGAUGUUAUUUUGGCGCUCGAAGGAAGAAUAAAUUUCUCUUCAAUAAUGUAUGAAAUUGUGAAAGACUUGUCAUCAGAGUUGGUUCCUCAAACCUGGAUUCAAUAUCCUAAUAAUCCUUUGAAACUAAACCAAUGGAUGACCUCACUAAAAGAAAGGAUUGAGGCGAUUAAUAAGUAUGUCCAAUAUGAAGAGAAUUCUCCUUUAGUUCUAGAUAUUUCUGUCUUCACCAAUAAGAACUCUAUGCUUCAAGCUCUUGUAUUUGAUUGGUCAAAAAGAACUGGACUGCCACCUCACGAAAUGGAUGUUAUUUGCGAGUUGAUGGCUGAACAAAGCACGCCAAACAUAAAUGUCCACGAUGCUGUCUACAUCGACGGAUUUGUUAUUCGCAAUGCAUCAUGGAAUGAAGAUGAAAGAUGUGUCGAUAAACUCCGGGAAGCUGGGAAUCAGAGAAUGCCAACAUUUGUUUUAAAACCAUCGGAAGGAAGCUUACAUGUUGUGAAAAGUAAAGGUAAACAUAAAGAGCUAAGAAUUCCAGUUUACCUGAAGGAAAAUCAUGUUAAUGGACUCGAAACUGUUCCUGUUUUAUCAUUUAUGACACUUUCGUCGAAAUUGUCGCCGAAUAUGUGCAAACGACAACAGGUUUUCAUUACUAGUGCGACUUUAUGACAUUUUUUAUUAUUCCUUUGGCAGUUUUUUUAUUUAUUCUUUGAAACAUUGUAUUUUAUAUGUAGACAGACUGUGCAUUUAUAGAUGUAACAUUUUUUUAAUUGACAGCUAUGAACUGAGUACAUGUAUAACUUUUACAGAAUGGCAGGCCACCAUCUGUUAUUUGAAUCAUGUACUUUAUGUAAGUUUUGAUUUUAUUUAAUUAAAGCUGAGUGAUUUAGUUGAA